ACUUAUAUAUAUAAAUAAUUAUUUUUAUAUAAUAUAAUUUUAUUUUAUCUUUUCACGCCUUUUAUAUAGAAACAUUUCUAUUUUGAUCUCUACAUCUAUCUACUUUUAUAUUUAUAUGUUUAAUUUUAAUAUUUUUCAUAUUUUCAUAUCAAUUCCCGCGGCGCCGCGCUCGCAGCCCCGCCCCCCUUUUCCUAUUGGCCACCGCUGACGUCACCUUCAUAAAACCCCGCCUGCUGCACCCAGCUGAAUGGGCGUGGCUAACCCACCCUGACCGGAAGCGGAAGUAGCUCCGGGGGUCUCACCGGAAGCCGGAAGUGGCCCGCCGCCGCCGGCGGGGGGAGGGGCGCGGAGCGGCGGCGACAGCGACCAUGGCGCAGCCCCCGGAGUUGGCCCCGCCCCCCCCGGCGCGCCCCGCCCCCCACCCGGAGGAGGAGGAGGAGGAGGAGGAAGGAGCGGGGGGAGGGGCCGGGGAGCCCCCCCGGGAGCCCCUCCGGGCCUGGAGGAGCCGCGUACUCCCCGGGCUCCCAGCACUGCCCCAGGUGCCUGAUCACCUUCCCCGACGCCGCCUUCGCCGCCCGCCACGCCAAGCGCCAGCGCCCGCUGUGUCCGUCUGUCCGUGUCUGUCUGUCCGUCCUGACAGACUCCCCGGGCUCCCAGCACUGCCCCAGGUGCCUGAUCACCUUUCCCGACGCCGCCUUCGCCGCCCGCCACGCCAAGCGCCAGCACCCGCUGUGUCCGUCUGUCCGUCCGUGUCUGUCCGUCCUGACAGGUGUCUGUCCGUCCUGACAGACUCCCCGGGCUCCCAGCACUGCCCCAGGUGUCUGAUCACCUUCCCCGACGCCGCCUUCGCCGCCCGCCACGCCAAGCGCCAGCACCCGCUGUGUCCGUCUGUCCGUCCGUGUCUGUCCAUCCUGACAGACUCCCCGGGCUCCCAGCACUGCCCCAGGUGCCUGAUCACCUUUCCCGACGCCGCCUUCGCCGCCCGCCACGCCAAGCGCCAGCACCCGCGCGACUUCGCCGCCGCCGCCCUGCGGGGGGCGCUCUUCGUCUGCUUCGUCUGCGCCCGCCCCUUCGGCUCCUCCCCCGCCCUCCUGCGUCACCAGCGCGGCCACGCCCACCGAGGGGAGGGCGUGCCCCGAGAGGCUCCGCCCCCCGCCAAGAAGGCCACGCCCCUGCUGGAGUGCACGGAGUGUGGGCGGGGCUUCGCGCGGGAGGGGGCGUUGCACCGGCACUACAUCCGGCACGCGCGGGGGGAGCUCUGAGGGGCGGGGCUUGGCUGUGGGGGCGGGGCUUGGCCGAGGGGAGGGAAUAAAGAGGUGAGGCGGGCUGUGA